UCAGUCCUUGAACAAGCAGCUGUGAUAGUCGAAAACAUUUCUAACUGUUGAUGUAACAACGGGGCCAGAAUUAUUGAGAUCAACGACAUAAGAGACAUCACGCGAUCGAUGAUCAUAAAACCCCAGAGCUUUAUGUAAACUGUCUACAAAUCAAAUUGAAACAGCGAUUUGAAAAAAGUGAAGACACGUACACUACCAAGAUGCCUUCAAACGAAAAUGCCAGCGCUCGUAUGAAGACAUACAAGAACAAAGGCAGAGAUGUUGAUGAAAUGAGGAGGAGGAGAAAUGAAGUAUCGGUCGAGUUGAGAAAAGCAAAGAAAGAUGACCAGUUACUGAAGAGAAGAAAUGUUGCUGUUGAUGAUGAACCAACAAGUCCCCUUCAGGAUGCAAGUAACAAGACUAAUGCAGUUAGCUUGACCUUGGUUGAAAUUGUCAAUGGUAUAAAUGGAAAUGAACCACAACAGCAGAUGCAAUGUACACAGGCUGCUCGCAAACUUCUUUCGAAAGAGAGAAACCCACCUAUUGAUGACAUCAUCAGAACUGGGGUGAUACCCAGGAUGGUUGAAUACCUUUCCCAUAGUGAUAGGCCUGAUUUGCAAUUUGAGGCUGCAUGGGCGCUAACAAACAUCGCAUCAGGUACAAGUGAUCAGACCAAGGCUGUUGUGAAGGCAGGGGCUGUGCCGCCAUUUGUCAAACUGCUGUCCUCUCCACACCACAAUGUAUGUGAGCAAGCUGUCUGGGCCCUUGGCAACAUUGCAGGCGAUGGACCUGACCUGAGAGACUAUGUGACCGAAUCUGGGAUCAUUGAACCUUUACUACGACUGAUCAAACCGGAGACUCCUGCGGGUUUCUUGAGGAAUGUAACGUGGACAUUGUCCAACCUCUGCAGGAAUAAGAACCCUCCACCAAAGUUCAAGGUUGUGCGACAGUUCCUCCCCACUCUGGCCAGACUUUUACAACACAGUGACCGUGAGGUUCUGACAGACACGUGCUGGGCACUUUCCUAUCUCACAGAUGGCACUAACGAUAAAAUCCAGGAAGUUGUAGACAGUGGUGUAGUACCUAGACUUGUACAGUUGUUGGGAAGCCCAGAAGUAUCGGUGAUAACACCGGCCCUCCGAGCCGUAGGUAACAUUGUGACUGGCGAUGAUAGUCAGACACAAAAUGUGAUAGACCAGGGGGCACUAAAGGCAUUCAAGAAUCUCCUCACUCAUAAUAAGGUCAACAUCCAGAAAGAAGCAGCAUGGACGAUAUCCAACAUCACAGCUGGUAACACACAACAGAUCCAGUGUGUUAUUGAUGAAGAACUCCUUCCUUACACGCUCGAAAUACUGAUCAAAGGUGACUACAAGAGCCAGAAAGAGGCAGUGUGGGCUAUCACAAACCUGACAUCAGGAGGCACAGUGGAACAAAUAGCAUACUUGGUCCAACUUGGGGCCAUUAAGCCUCUUUGUGAUCUCCUUACAGUAAAGGAAGCAAAAGUCAUACUUGUCAUCCUUGAUGCUAUUGGUAACAUUCUAAUGGCUGCAGAGAAGAUCGGCCAACAAGAAGUGGUAUGUGUAAUGAUUGAGGAGUCCAGUGGUCUGGACAAGAUAGAGAACCUUCAGAACCAUGAAAACGAGCAGGUGUACAAGGCAGCAUUAGAACUUAUAGAGAAAUACUUUGCUGACGAGGGAGAAGACCAGAGCCUUGCCCCAGCAAGCACAGACGGCAAUGCCUACCAGUUCAAUGCUGCCACAACCAUACCCCAGCAGGGCUUCUCUUUCUGACUUUUGUCUCUGGAAGGUACGCCCACUUUGGAACAGCAGUACUGGGGACUGGAAGACAUCUUCAUUCCAGGACAGGGCACAGCAACCAUGUCUCCCUCUUGGGGUGGACAGAAAACGGCAAUCAUGUGAUAAUUUAUAUGGACUAACUUUCUUUCCACACAUUUAGCCUGUUUGUUAAUGGGCAUACUGUGAGAAAGAUUGCAACCAUGUCCCUCUGUGAUGUGCUAAAUCAGAGUUUCGAUGUGUAUAGAAUUUUUACCUCAUGCUCUACGUCGGCAUCCUUACACAGUGCUAUCAACUUUUUUGAUGUGUAACAACAAUUUUGAUAUAUCUAGUUAUCGGAUAUGGUUUAAAUUUCAGGAACUAGUGUAACCUCUAAAAGUUAUUGGUAUAUAUGAAUAGUACUAUAAACUGUUAAAAUUGAAAUAUGUUUUAAAACAAAUUUCCAUGAAAGUGCUGGUGUAGGACAUUUGUGUAUUGGCAAUAUUUGAGAAAAUUCUAGAUUUGUUAACAUUUUUCAUAUUUAUAUCAUACUUUUGUAAUGUGCAAUUUGAUUAUUGUACAUAAAAUUUCCAAGUGCUUCUUUACUUGUAUUUACAAGAUGCAUAAUAAUGUUUCUUAAUUACAUGCAUUUAAGACCAUAUAUAGAAAUUAGUAUCAAUUUCAUUUUUACACAAGGUA